GAUUGAUGGGCAAUACAAAAGCUACUUAAGAGCCAGGGGGGUCUGUAAUGCUUUAGAAAGCAAUAGGCAGUGCGGUCACCAAGCAACAGGCCUACCGAACCCACUACUAAGUCCAGUGACAAAUGCGAUGGCCUUACCAAGUCUAGCACAUUGAAACCCGAAGAUGAUCCCACCUGCAAUAGGACGAUCGAAUACUUUGAUGCCACUUUGAACUUCUGCAGCGCCUUCAAACCUGAUUGAUUAUUGUAUCUGAUUUUCUUGGAACCCCAUGGUUAUACAUAAACGUUACAUUUCUUGAUGGCAACAAAAACUAAAAAUAAGCAUAUUUCAAGACAAGAACUUAAUGCGGCAAUAAAUUCAUUUCUGCAUAUUCAAAACACCCGGAUGAUUCUUCUUGAUAACACCAAGAAAUUACCCAGAAAUUUACACAUAUCUGAGAAGUCCAUAAACAAAGUACAUACAUGCGUAUGAGUGAGGGUGACAAAACAAAUUAAUAAACGUAGGCAAUAAACAUUAAAUACAUUGCCAAAGCGUACCGAGAUAAACGAUACAACAGAUUAAAUCCUAUCGGUAUUUAAAGGCCACUUAGGUUCUUCAAGGUUUCAGUGUGCAAAGUGUAGCAAGGUUAAAUCGACAAUGUGGACGAGUGUAAUUAUAUCCCUGCUCUUGGUUCACUGCCUGCUUGCUGGGCCAGCUCCUGCACUGAGGGAUUCGGACGCGGGGUCCUGGAGUGCGGAUGAGGCGUGUCAGGAAGCGGUUAAAUCGGUCAUGAUUGCGAACCAGAAUGACUCCACAUGCGCCACUUACGUCUAUUGUUAUGUCAAUGAUUCAACUUGGGCACUAAUCAAAAGCUGCCACAGCGGCCUAUUCUUUGAUGCCGAUCUCAAAUUCUGCAGUAUACGCAAACCAGCGGGAUGUGUGUAAAAUGGGAAAGCUUUAAAACACAUUAGUUAUGCUUAAAUAGUAGUGCACUAGAUGUUACAUAUGAAUGAUUUCCUAAUUUAUUGCAUUAAAAAUUAAAAACACUA